AUGACGCAGACCGCUUUAGUGUCAGUGUCACACGCACAAUCACUCACUGAGAUGGAGAGGACAAGACUCGCUCUCAUCGCGCUCAUGUAUGUCUUACUUUUCUGUCAGAAAAGAAUCAAUGGAGAAGAAAUGGAGAUGAAAGUCAGACCAGGAGACAACAUCACUCUCUACUGUGAUCGCUCUCUAACUCUUGGUUCUGUCGUUGUAUGGAUAAGAAACUGCUCUCAUGAAAAUCAACCCUCUCUCAUUAUAGAUUUUAGGAAACUGUACCUGGAGAUAUUUCAGCGAUUCAGCUUUAUCUACAACCCCUACAGUAAAUCCUAUGAUCUACAUAUUACUAACAUCAGUGUCUCUGAUCUGGGACUGUACUACUGUGCAAAACUAGAGAAUAAUAUGACGAAAGAUGCAAAAGGCAUCAUCUCCUCAUCAGAAGUGUACUAUUAUGGAAACCAAACAACUCGUCUCUCUCUGAAAGUAUCUUCCUGUUCUGGACCCUUGAAUACCACCUCCAUACCACCUCCUGUAUCAGACUGUGUGCUCUGCUGGACGCUGCUGUUCAGUGUGUGUCCCGUGUGUGUUCUCCUCUCCUCCAUCUGUGUGUACUGCUACUGUUUGGCUCAAACCACAGGGCGAUCCAAUGAGUACGACUGGAAAGAUCUGCCUCCACACUGA